UUCCCACAGAUAAAAGCUGAAGACAUGAAAGCAGAGGAUAACGUUUCCAUGGUGAUGCAAUUUGUACUCCUGGGAUUUUAUGAGCUUCCACAGCUUCAAAAGUUACUUUUUGGGGUGUUCUUCAUCGUUUACAUGAUUAUCUUAAUUGGAAAUAGCCUCAUAAUAGUACUAACCAAGCUUGACCCUGCACUGCAAAAGCCCAUGUAUUUUUUCCUGGCAAACUUUUCCUCACUGGAAAUCUGUUACGUGUCUGUCACUCUCCCUAGGAUUCUGAUGGACCUUUGGACUCAGGAUAGAAGAAUUUCUGUGCUAGACUGUGCCACCCAAAUGUGCUUUUUCCUUAUACUGGGAACCACUGAAUGUUUGCUCCUGGCGGUGAUGGCAUAUGACCGCUACGUGGCCAUUUGUAACCCCCUGCACUAUCUUCUAGUCAUGAACCAAAAGAUGUGUAUUCAAUUGGCCGUUGGUGCCUGGAUUAGUGGAAUCCCGAUACAGAUAGCUCAAACAUGCCAAAUUUUCUCUCUGCAUUUCUGCAAAUCCAACCAAAUUAACCACUUCUUUUGUGACAUACCCCCCAUUUUCAAGCUAGCCUGUGGGAACACUUUCAUACAUGAGUUAUCAGUCUAUGUAGUAUCUGUGCUAUUUGCUACGAUCCCUUUAAUGUUGAUACUUGCCUCUUACAGCAAAAUCGUCUCCACCAUUUUGAGGUUGUCAACAGCCCGAGGACGAGCCAAAGCCUUCUCCACAUGUUCUUCGCACCUGCUAGUGGUGAUUUUAUUCUUUGGAACUGCUACCAUUACCUACUUAAGGCCAAAAUCCAAUCAUUCUGCAGGAAUGGACAAACUACUCUCACUUUUCUAUACCAUAGUGACACCCAUGUUUAACCCCAUGAUAUACAGCCUCAGGAACAAGGAUGUCAUCGCAGCACUGAGAAAAUUAUUACUUAGAAAAACACUGUGA